AUGAUACACGAAUGUUUGUUUAUGUUGUUUAAUACUCCAAGCGAAGAAAAUUUACUGGAAUCAGAAAAUUGGGCUAGACUAUGUGAACUUAAAGAAUUUUUACAUCCAGGUGAGAAAAAGCUUUUAGAAACCAUAGCCGAAAUAGCGAAAGAUUAUCACCAAAUCAACAUAUUUAAUAAAAAGGUUUUAAAUCAGACAUUAAAUUUUGAAGCCGUUACAGAUACUUCUAGCGUUUCACAAAAAUUAGAUACAGAAGACCAACAAUUCGGCUCUUAUAUAACAGCUUUUUGCUCUGGUGUGCAUAAUGUUUUAGAUGCAUAUCGCACUGAGGUAAUCGAAUUAGAAGGAAUUUUUCUACAGAAUCCCCAACUUUCAUUAACCUUCAUCUUGUGCAAACUGGAAAAAUACCGGAUUUUAUUUCAAGCUUUGCUCUCCAUGAUUAAUACAAUUCGAAACGAAAGCAUAAAGGGUUGUCUUAUAAUCGGAAGGUUACACAAAUACGCCAUAUGUGGAGUAGAUCAAAUUAGUAAAUCAGCAUAUACCAUAGUUAAAUCGAUUAACACAGUUUUCUAUAAGCAUUUGGGCAAUUGGAUAAUUAAUGGAGAUUUGAUUGAUACCUAUGAUGAAUUUUUUAUAAAAGAUGGUAAAUGUGCGGACGAAAACUUUUUGUAUCCUGAACAACUUUUGGAAAUGUCAAACGAAUCUCUUACUAGUUCACAAAAAAGAAAAAUAAGGAGGCCCCCGAUAGUCCAAAAUUUCUACAUCAACUGGGACAUGGUUCCUUCAUUUAUGAGUGAAGAUUUAGUAGAAACCAUUUUGUUCAUGGGGAGGAUUGUUUGGAUAAUCAGAAACGAUCCGAGCAAAUGUAAAGAGGAAAACUACCAGGUGGAGAAUAAGAGAGAAAUUUGGGAAGGCAAAGAUAACAAGUAUUACAUGAAAAUUCAAACUUUGGAAUCCAAAGCUUUCAACAAUAUAGCAUUUCAAAAAACUAUUGAAGAAUGCAAAGUUAAAUUAACAAAAUAUUUAUGGUCUAUUAUGUUAGAUGAGGGUAACUUGAUAUCUCAUUUACACUUAAUAAGAGAUUAUUACUUGUUGGGUAGAGGCGAGUUAUUUCAACAGUUCAUCAGAGUGGCCAAAGAGCAUUUGAAUGACCCUUCUUCCGAAUUACUAGUGGAAAAUUUGAAUUUCAUAUUCCUUGAAAUAGCAAGGAAAAUAUAUAGCGAUAACGACAAGACUUAUUUGAAGUUUGAGCUAUCCUCGAUAACCGAAAUGAAUAACUGUAAAGAUCCUUGGUCGAAAUUGCAGUUGAAUUUGGAUAUGGAUUGGCCGCUUCACAUCGUCUUCCAUCCCAAAGUAAUUGAGCUCUACAACAAGCUGUUUUGCUACUUGCUAAGAUUGAGAAAAACCCAAAUAGAUUUGCAUAAGCUUUGGGCCGAUCAAGUUUCCAGCAAACGGGAAAUAAAUAUAAGAGUCGGAACGUUACGGCAGAAUUUGAUGUUUUUGGUGAGCAAUUUGUACUAUUAUUUGCAAGUGGACGUCAUCGAAGCCCAGUUUUCUUUGCUCAUGAAGGCUGUGGAAAACGCCAAUGGUUUAGAAGAUAUUAUUAAAGUACAUCACGAGUUCAUAUCCAAUGUAUUAGCCAAGACGUUCGUUUCCACAUUCGAUGAAGCUUAUGCAUGUAACAAAACACAGAAAUUGUAUCAAAUGCCAGCUGUACAUUGUGAAGAACCUAGCCAGGUGUAUAUUGUGAUAUUCGAAUUAUUGGAAUUGUGCGAUAAAUUUUGCUUCUAUGCCAAUGCAUGGGGUUCAUUGGUGAUUGCAGAGCAACUCGAACAAUUAGAAGUGCUAGAGGACCGAUGCAACUUAAUCAUAAAGUCAUUAUUGAUGUUACUGCAGAAAUUGCACGAAAAAGCCAGCGGGCAACAUGUUUUGCAGUUGCUAUCCCAAUUGGAUUUCAAUCGAUAUUUUAGCAAACAAAAAUCGAAUAUUAGUUGUAUCGAAUGA